UUUGAUGGAUCGGGGAGAAGGAGAGGUGGAGAUGGGAACGGAACUGAGACUGAUUCCAAUAGGAGAGUGAGGGAUCAGGAAGCUAAGUCGAGGAAUAGGGAGGAGAGAGAGGGCCAAAGGCAGCCUCCUGCAUGGCAGUAGCCGGAAUAAGAAGUGGGAAAAGCUUUCGCCAGGCCCUUCAAACUCUCUGGACCGAGGAUGACAUUGAAUCACUGCGCAAGCGAUUAGAUGGAUAUCGACAACAUCUAAUUGUCAACAUAUUAGUCCUUUUAAAAUCCAAGAUGACGCAGCCACGAGCCAACAAGCCCAAAUUGUGGAGAAACUUGACAGAAUCGAUCGCACAAUCGAUCGCAGUAUUCGCGUGUUAGGCUCAGAC